AUGAGGCUGCGGCGGGGGAGCCGCGCGGCCGCGCUGGGCCUGGCGCUGGCGCUGUGUCAGCUGGGCCCGGCGGCGCAGGCGGUGGAGCCCAUCAGCCUGGGCCUGGCACUGGCCGGCGCCGCCGCCUCGGCCCUCACGGGCAUCAUCUACUCGCCGCGGCUCUACUGCUACUUCGCGGGCUGCUGCCGCGAGAGGCCCGGAGCCUACACCGGCGUCGCUCUUCAGGAGGAUUUGGAAAAAAAACUCUUUGGGCAGCACCUGGUGACAAAGGUGAUCGUGAAGGCCGUGGCUGGGUUUUUGAACAAUUCCAAGCCCAAGAAGCCCCUGACUCUCUCUCUGCAUGGCUGGACUGGCACUGGCAAAAACUUUGUCAGUAAGAUUGUCGCAGAGAGCGUCUACAAAGAGGGCCUCCACAGUAAAUACGUCCACCAGUUUGUGUCCACGUUGCAUUUUCCUCAUCAGCAGAACGUUACGCAGUACAAGGACCAGUUGCAGCAGUGGAUCCGUGGAAAUGUGAGCAAUUGCGCAAGGUCCAUUUUCAUAUUCGACGAGAUGGAUAAAAUGCAUGCCGGGCUCAUCGACUCCAUCAAACCUUACCUGGAUUACUAUGAAACGCUGGAUGGCGUGUCUUAUCAGAAAGCUAUCUUCAUCUUCCUCAGCAACGCAGGGGCUGAAAAGAUCACCGAAGUGGCCCUGGACUUCUGGAGGCGUGGAAAGAGAAGGGAAGAUUUGGGACUCAGGGACGUGGAGGCGUCCGUCUCCGUCUCUGUUUUCAACAACAAAAACAGUGGCUUUUGGCACAGCAGCCUGAUUGACCGGAACCUCAUUGAUUAUUUUAUCCCCUUCCUGCCUCUGGAGUACAAGCACGUGAAAAUGUGCAUCAGGGCUGAGCUUGAAUUCCGCGGCUAUGUAGUGGACGAGGAAGUCGUGACUCGAGUGGCGGAUGAGAUGACCUACUUCCCAAAGGAAGAGAGAAUCUAUUCGGACAAAGGAUGCAAGACUGUGUACACUAAAUUGGAUUUCUACUAUGACUUGUAGUGAUGUCUCCUGAUCUCAUCUUCCAAGGAAAUGAAUCACAGAACAUGGAGAAACUGAUUUUUAAUCCAUCGGGGCUGGGAGCUUAUUCAAAACAAGACGAAAUUGGGGCAUUUUCUUAGGAGAGCUGCUGCGUGUCAGCCGGGUCCAGCGAGCUGCUGAACGAUUCUGGUUACUGUGAAAAAUGACGUGUCGCGACUUUGAUGGACCAGGAAGAGAGAGGGCUGGUCCGUGUGAUUCAACCUGCUUCUAAUCGGAAUUCUGAUCAAGACCACGUUCUGCUGCUUUGAGAACUGUGCUGCUUCUCAAGGAAUGAAGGAAUGUGCUGGCAAUGCCUAUAGAAAAAGGAACUCGGCCUUCCGGGCCGGGGCCCUCCAGAUGCGUUGGGCUACGACGCCCGCCAUGCUGGCUGUGGGAUCCUGGGAGUACGUUGGCAAGGGGUGGAGCCAAACCUUUCCUUUUCUCAGACGAUUAGCCUGAUUGCAAGUGGUUCCAGUAUUACUGGGAGCAUAAAUCUAUGCAGCAAUGUUUAAACCAUGUGCCGGGGUGCCCAGCUGUUCCCUGAAAGCUUCUGGAGGCACUUCCCUGAGGUAGGAGCUGAAGAAUUAUGAAAAGCCCCCGCUUGUUUUCCAUCUCUUUCCUGCAGUUCUUUCCAUUCCUCUGCCCUCUGCCCCAGCAAGCGCAGCAGUUCCUGACUCAAUGCAGAGCGUGGCCGAAGGUGCGUUACGCCAGCGGGUGGAUGCCAGCCCCGGAUAUGGCUCGGGGGGUGCCUGAGCCGGCGCACGGGCCACGGGGUCCUCCCCUCUGGAGCAGCGUCUUCCCCAGCCUGGUGCCAUUUGGGAGGCAUCUGCCAGCGUUGGAGGGGCACCUUCUUUGGGGAAAGGGGCUUUAGAGGUGGCUGCACCAUGGAAAUGUGAGGCAGUGCAGAAACCAAGCGGAGAACCCUCUGCAGCGCAGUGCUUGUUCGGAAGCUGCAGGAACGACUUAGGUGUGAAAGUGUGCUCAGAGAUCUUAAGUUGGGAUGAUACCCAGAUGGGGUGCCUUCGGUUCGACCCAGAAAAGGCUGGACCGCUAAUUGCAGCAGGACCUGCACCACUCCUUUGCCCAGGCUGUUCGGUGGCAUGAAAUGAAAGCUCACCCUUUGCUCAGGAUCCCGUGCAUGCUUCCUUGGGCAUUCCAUGGGACACGUCUAGGACCGCAUCUAAACAAAACUGGACUAAAUUAGUUUCAGACUGAUGGCAAAGCAUAGCUUUCAGAAGGGUAGCACUCACUUAGACUGUGCCCAAGGGUUUUUUUUCCAGAGAUUUUAAAAAUAAUAAUUUGUGAAUAAACUUUUGUUGAAUGUC